AUGGAAAACAGUGUUGAUGUCAAGAUGGAAACCAAGGGGCAAAGAAAGCAGAAUCCAUUAAGCAAAGCUGGGAAGAGAGUCUGCAGAGCUUAUGAGUACAUCACCGGAGACAUGAAGGAAUUUGGAGCCUGGCUAAAAGAUAAACCGCUCAUGAUUCAGUUUAUUGACUGGGUGCUGCGUGGGAUAUCCCAGGUGGUGUUUGUCAACAAUCCCCUCAGUGGACUUAUCAUGGUUGCUGGCUUCCUGGUGCAGAACCCAUGGUGGACACUCACCAGCUGUUUAGGAACAGUUGUCUCAACAUUAACAGCACUUAUUCUGGGUCAGGACAGAUCAGCUAUUGCAGCAGGACUGUAUGGCUAUAAUGGAGUCUUGCUUGGACUGCUCAUGGCUGUCUUCUCUGCUAAGGGAGACUACCACUGGUGGCUUCUACUACCAGUAGCACUGAUGUCCAUGACAUGCCCUGUUUUCACCAGUGCUUUAGGCUCAGUCUUCUGCAAAUGGGAUCUGCCUGUUUUCACCUUGCCUUUCAACAUGGCCUUGACCAUCUAUCUGGCUGCAUCAGGACCCCAUAACCUUUUCUUCCCCACCACUGUCAUUCAGUCUGCAACAACACCACCAAACAUCACGUGGACGGAUGCUGAAAUGCCAAUGCUCCUGCAAUCCAUUCCAAUUGGAGUGGGUCAGAUUUAUGGCUGUGAUAACCCCUGGACUGGUGGAAUUUUCUUGAUUGCUUUAUUUAUCUCUUCUCCACUCAUUUGUCUGCAUGCAGCUAUUGGAUCAGCAGUGGGGAUGCUGGCAGCACUGAGCUUAGCAACACCUUUCAGUAAAAUCUACUCUGGCUUGUGGGGCUACAACAGCUCCCUCUCAUGCACUGCGAUCGGAGGCAUGUUCUAUGCUUUCACCUGGCAGACCCAUUUGCUGGCGAUUGCCUGUGCACUUUUCAGUGCCUACCUGGGAGCAACAGUGACUAACAUCUUGUCUGUGUUUGGUAUGCCAUCAGGAACCUGGUCUUUCUGCCUGUCUGCACUGACCUUCCUGUUAAUAACCACAAACCACUCUGCCAUCUACAAGCUGCCACUCUCCAAAGUCACCUACCCAGAAGCCAACCGAGCUUAUUAUCUGAAGAUUAAGAAACAUCAGAGGUCUUGCUGUGAGGUAUAA